GAGAGUCAGGAUCAGGGUGGCGGUGCGACCCUCUUUAUGAGGGGGGGUCUGAUUCUAACAACAUAUAACACACCAUAUAUGCAUGCCCAGGCCGCUCAUAUGCCGAGUAUAAGGAUUUUGGUAACCAUCUAGAUUUAUACCAAUACAUCUCCAAAAUGCCUAUUUUACUCUUCCUGAUAGACACGUCCGCUUCUAUGAAUCAGCGCACUUAUUUGGGUACGACGUAUCUGGACAUUGCAAAAGGCGCGGUUGAGAUCUUUAUGAAGCUGCGUGCCCGAGACCCGGCUAGUAGAGGCGACAGGUACAUGCUAGUUACAUUUGACGAUCCGCCAUACGGAGUAAAGGCGGGCUGGAAAGAGAACCAUGCCACUUUCAUGAGUGAACUGAAGAACCUGCAGGCAUUUGGACUGACCACUGUUGGGAACGCUCUUCGAACCGCCUUCGACCUGCUCAAUCUCAACAGGCUGGUAUCCGGCAUUGACAACUAUGGCCAGGGUCGGAACCCUUUUUUCCUGGAGCCGUCAGUCAUCAUUACCAUAACAGACGGGAACAAGCUGACGCACAGCUCUGGAGUGUCAGACGAGCUUCACUUGCCACUACAUUCACCGCUACCCGGCAGCGAACUAACCAAGGAGCCAUUCCGCUGGGACCAGCGCCUCUUUACCCUGGUGCUGCGCAUGCCUGGUGCGGCUGUGCCCGACACGGAACAGCUUGGCAGCGUGCCCAACGACGAGUCAGCCAUCACCCAGAUGUGUGAGGUCACCGGAGGUCGCUCGUAUUGUGUUCGGACACAGAGGAUGCUGAACCAGUGUCUGGAAUCUCUAGUGCAGAAAGUUCUGAGUGGAGUUGUCAUUCAUUUUGAGAAGACUGGUCCAGAUCCAGCUCCAGUGGGAGAAGAUGGCCUGCCGGAUCCUGCGCGGCCUCUGUCAUCAUUUAGCCCUCAGCCUUGGCACAGCUGCCACAAACUCAUCUACGUUCGACCAAACCCCAAGACUGGUGUCCCUGUUGGUCACUGGCCAAUUCCAGAAUCUUUCUGGCCUGACCAGAAUUCCCCCACCCUGCCUCCACGCUCUGCCCAUCCAGUGGUACGCUUCUCCUGUGUUGACUGUGAGCCCAUGGUGAUCGACAAGCUGCCCUUUGAUAAGUACGAGCUGGAGCCGUCACCGCUCACGCAGUAUAUCUUGGAGAGGAAAUCCCCUCACAUGUGCUGGCAGGUAUUUGUGAACUGCAGUGGCAAGCACAGUGAAGCAGCUCAGCCCUUCGGCUACCUGAAAGCCAGCACCACUCUCACCUGCGUCAACCUCUUCGUCAUGCCUUAUAACUACCCCGUCCUCUUACCACUUCUCGAUGACUUAUUUAAAGUGCACAAACUGAAGCCAAACCUCAAGUGGCGGCAGUCCUUCGAGUUGUACUUGAAAUCCAUGCCUCCUUACUUUCUGCUGCCCCUAAAGAAGGCACUUAGGAUGAUGGGAGCUCCAAAUCUCAUUUCUGAUAACAUGGACUGUGGCCUCAGCUACAGCGUUAUUUCCUACCUGAAGAAACUCAGCCAGCAGGCGAAGAUCGAGUCGGAUCGGAUGAUUGUGUCUGUAGGUAAAAAGCCCCCACAGGAAACGGGCAUCAAGGUAAAGAAUCACUCAAGCACUUUGUCUCUAGCUCACCGACGCGACUUCAAACAGCUGCUGCAGGGCAUCACGGGUGAGGUGCCCCUCCGCCUCAACGACAUCAACUUCAAAGAGUUCGCUGGAUUUCAGAUCGCACUUCUCAAUAAGGAUGUAAAGCCGCAGGGAUAUAGAAACGCGUACGAUAUCCCCCGGCGAAAUCUUUUGGACCAGUUAACGAGAAUGCGCUCGAAUCUUUUGAGAACUACACAAAAGCUCAUCAGGAGCCAAGACGAAGACUACUUGCACAGUAUUCCAGUGGGUCAGAUGGGAAACUAUCAGGAAUAUUUGAAGAUGAUGCCAUCCCCCUUACGUGAAAUUGACCCUGACCAGCCAAAACGUCUGCACACAUUUGGCAACCCCUUCAAACAGGACAAAAAGGGUAUGAUGAUUGACGAAGCAGACGAGUUUGUCACAGGUCCCCAAAACAAGAAAAGAGGAAACCCAGUGGAGUCUAACUCCGGUGCGGCGCCGAAGAGGCGGCGGAGCAUGUCGCCUCUACUGCGCCGGCCCCAAACUCCACCUAUCAUUACCAACCAUGUGGUGGCCAAAGGGUCUGCGGUGGCACAGGGCCAGCAUGGCCUGAUUAAGCCCAUACCUCUGCACAAAGGAGCAGAAGGGAACAGCACGGUUGUUACAGAAAGCAAUGGUGAGGGAGUGCUGGGUGGAGAAUCUGGAGAGAGCUGGUCUGGAGGACUGGAUGGAGUUGGUGUAGGAACUGUAGUACACUGUUUGGAAGAAAAAGAGGGAAUGAAAGUUACUGACGGAGGAGAGGACAGGGUGAUGUCGGAGAACAGACUGAAAGACGAGAGUGUGGAUGACAGACCCUCGGAAGUACAGCAGAACUGUGAGAAUUUAAGUCCUCCAAAUCAAGAAGGGGUGAAUGAGGGGGCUGAGGAAGACUCUUCUACACAAGCCACAAUCAUUAUGGUUCCUGUAGAGGGAAGCAACGCCGAGCUGCGCAUGCAGAUCAUGAAAGCUAUCCGAAAGCCUGGACGCAAUUAUGAUGGCAUAUUUAGGCUGCUAGAGGAGGUGAAAGGACCGGCGGCAGUGCAGAGGUACUUUAUUCAUCAUGCCAUCAAAGAAGCAGCCAGGUUUAAGAAGCGUGUGCUGAUCCAGCAGUUGGAAACUGCUUUAGAGGAGAUCGAGGACGGACAAGCGAUGCCAGCCCAAGUUAACAACAUCCACGGCAGAUAGUGAACCUUCCUAUCUCUCUAGCAACAGAGAGUGUGUACACACAGAGAGGUGGCCGAGCCAGGCGCUUAAGCGCGCCCGGUAAAGGCUAUACUGUUUCAGGAUCUGUCAGAAAGACCGAUAAGACAAAAAAAGUAGAAGGGAAGAGGAAUGAAAGAGCGGAACUCCACUCCAUUCUCGUGUGAUACCGAGUUACUGAAGUCAUCGUGUGUUCGGAAGUCCUUCCACAGAAAUAGAGGUAUAGAGGUGCUGUAUGACACCAUCGUCACUGGUCAACGGAGGACCCCAGACAGUCAUAAAUACAUGAAUAUAAUCUUCAACAAAGGAAAGCCUUGCCCAAUGUGUACUAGUUGAAGAGAGAGGUUAUGCAAAGCAAUUGUCUGACGGUAGAUGUAUAUCCUCUGAUAUUUGACCUAGGCGUCAGGGCAACGUGGUGGGUACAUUUGAAUGGUGAGCUCCAGAACGACAAGCACUCUUGGUAAAGGUGGACAAAAAAUGUCUUUAUGGUUAAUAAGCUCAAUCUUACAGUAAGAAGAUGAGAGAAGUGUAAAGAAAACCAACAGUCCCAAAACAUCACAGUGGGGAUCAUGUUCCGUUCUGUAUAAACACCCUUCCUUUUACACCAAACCCAUCUAAAGUUCUCUUUUUGUCUCAUAUGAGGCAAAAACCUGGUUCCAAAUUUCCAAAUGAGCUCCAGGAUCUUACAUUUGGGGUAAAAUGAAAGAAAAGCCUUUCUUCUAACAUGCUUUGCAAAUUAUUUGUUGGCUUUAACCUGCCGUUUAAUACCUUUGAAAUGGCAAGUUUCCUUGAAAAGUGAUCCAUGAAAUUUCUCUUUAAAAAUCCUCACUGUGCAAGGGAGGAAAAGGAUUUUCUUCCAGCCUGGAUCAUUACAGUUUGGAUGAUUUAUACCUAAAUACGUCCCUAACAGUGGAUAUGGACAUUUUUAUAUCCAUUUAUUUAUAAAGACUUAUACAAGUAUUUCUCAUUUCAUUUGGCCUUUGUCGUUUCUAAACACUCCAGUGAACCUUACAGUAAACACCUCAUAAGUGGUGUUUUUAUUUGCUUUAAUCAAAGUUUCUCUCAUAUAUUUCUCAUAUAUGUUUAGCAUAAGAUUGAACUAAUUUAUCACAAAGACAUUUUUAUAAGCUGGCCCUGACUGUACGAGGCUCAUAAGGUUUCAAAACAGUCCAAGGGUGCCGAAGUUAUAUUUUCCAAUUCGAGACCACGUAGGAGCAAUAAUCCUGAUAUUAACAGGACACUGAGCUCAGUCUUUCUACACACUUUAAAAUCCAAUGCACUUACAGGUUGCAAUCAACCUUUUUUGAUAAAAUGUCCACAUAUGAUGUGGAAGCCGGUAUAGGAUUCCUGUACCUGAUUUGUCUCUGUUAAUUGUAACAUGCAAAGAAAAGUGACGCAACAGGACCGGUAAAAUAAUGCGAGCUUUUACCUUCGGACUCUUCAGAUCGUCUCGCAUAAUGCAACAUCUUUAAGCAAUAGGAUCCAAUGAACGUCAAGACAGCUGUUGUACAUGGAUUCGGCAGCUGGCUUCAUGAUGCCACUUUUAUUCAGACUGAAUAAGAAACAUUGUUUAGAAGCUCUACAACCCACUCAACGUCACCUGUUCCUUACCAAGUGUGUGCUUUGCUUUCGCCGGACUCUUUUCACAUGCUAAAGCUACCUUAGUGACCACAAGGUUGUUCCUUUUGUUUAUUUUUCAAAAAAGAUGUAUAUGACUUUUUGACGUUCAUAAAUAAUAUAGAUUAUUUUUGGAUGGUAUUCUUACCAGAACAUAAGAAUAUUUUAAGAAUUGUACAAAACAUUUUUUUAACUUUGUUAUUAUAAAUAUAUAUAAAAGGAAAAAGUUUUAUGAUUUUUUUAUGAAAAACAAUGAAAAUAAAACAAACAAAAAAACGUUA